UAGAGGACGCCCCGGAGCGGGGACCCGGGAGGGCGGGCUGUGGGAGCCGCCCGGGCCGGCGCCUCUCUGCUCCCCGCCUAGCCCCGCCCGCCUGCCAGGCUGCUCACCCGCCUGGUGUUCUAAACUCUCCCGUUAGCAAACCCAACUCAGUCCAAGAUCAGUUAGAGUGCCGGUGCUGCCGUGUUACGGACGGAGCUACAGACGGGUCGGGUCGCUCACCCCCCGCAGGCUGCGGUGCUCCGGUUGUGGGAGGGAGCAGAGCCUCCUGGAGCGGCGGUGGGAGAGGAGCCCAGCCUGGAGAUUUGUUGCUGAUUGUUCACAUGUGUCCAGGGGGAGAUGAAGUACAUUGGAUCCUGCAUAGUUUGGCUUUGUAUGGCAGUCUUCCUCCUCCUUCCUGUUUCUACUUCUGUGGCUGUCAGUGACCACACAGGUGCUACAUGUCCUUUACUGAAAACUGUUGUCCAUCAUCUCAAACAAAUCAACAGAGGCAGUCUUGGUGUUUCAGGGUUUGAUCUGGCAGAAAGCUUUUCUUUGAGGCAAACGUCUUGUGGAGGUGAAAAAAAGUGUUUUAAACUGGGAAGCGCGCCUCUCGUCAGAGACACAAAGCAAGUAUUUCCAAAUGGGCUUCCUGAAGAAUACUCUCUAGUUGCUACGUUCCGUGUACGGCGAAAUACCAAGAAGGAGCGUUGGUAUAUAUGGCAAGUUUUAAAUCAGUAUGACACACCUGAGAUCUCUGUCCUUCUGGAUGGUAUAAAAAAGGUUGUGGAGUAUAUGACCAAAUCUGCUCAGGGAAAUAUACUGCACUACACUUUUAAGAGUCGAGAAAUUUAUCCAUUGUUUGAUCGUCAGUGGCAUAAACUUGGUAUCAACAUCCAGUCAGGGAUCAUUUCCCUAUAUUUGGAUUGUAAUUUAAUUGAGAGAAAGCAGACUGAUGAAAAAUUCAACAUUGACCUGCAGGGAAGGACUCUGAUUGCUUCUCGUGCUGCAGAUGAUAAGCCUGUAGAUAUUGAACUUCACCACUUAACAAUCUAUUGUAAUCCAAAAUUUGCAACAGAAGAUACGUGUUGUGAAAUAUCUGCUGAUCUGUGCUCACAUGAGGAGAGACUUCUUGCUACGACUUCAUCACCAGUGACUGUUCAUGCCAGCAAAAUAUACAUGCUUCCAGGGAUACAGCAGGAAUCGAGAGAGAGAUGCCACUGCUUUCCAAAUAAAGGAGAAGCAGGAUUGCCGGGAGUAGCUGGUUUGCCAGGCAACAAAGGACAUAAAGGUGAAAAGGGUGAAAUGGGAGUAAAAGGACAGGAUGGUGUUCCUGGUUUUCCUGGUGAAAAGGGGGAAGCUGGCUUAGUAGGUGCUCCUGGCAUACCUGGUCUUACUGGUUCCAAGGGUGAACGUGGCUUUCCUGGUGGUAAAGGUGAAGAAGGAGAAAAGGGUGAAAAAGGAGAUAAAGGAGAACCAGGACCAGAAGGCGUUCAUGGAAGAGAGGGACUAAAAGGUGAUCCUGGUAGUCCUGGUGUGGCUGGUCCUAAAGGAGAAAAGGGAGAUGCAGGACCUCCAGGACCAACUGCCUUGAAUGGUUUGCCAGGACUGGAGGGUCCCCAAGGUCCACCUGGCAAAGAAGGCCAAAGGGGAAGACGUGGAAAACCAGGCCCCCCAGGAAACCCAGGACCACCAGGACCUCCUGGUCCUUCUGGACUAAAAGGAAUUCUGGAUUCACUGAACAAACAUUAUAAUGAGAGCGAUACAAGACUACUAGGAUUACUUGGGACUCCUGGACUUAAAGGCCUGAAGGGAGACAUUGGUCAAAAAGGAGAAUUGGGAAUGACCGGUGCUAAAGGAGAAAAGGGAGAGCCUUCUGAAAAAGGGGACAAGGGAGAUCCAGGAGAAACUGGAAUGGAAGGAUCAAAAGGAAGUAAGGGUGAAACAGGAGACCCGGGACCACCUGGUCUGAUUGGAAAUCCAGGAUCUAAGGGGCUACAAGGACCUCCAGGACCUGUCGGACCUAGGGGAAUGCCAGGAGAAGUUGGCUUACCAGGAGAACAUGGGGUACCAGGAAGGCCAGGUGUUAAAGGAGACAAGGGGGACCCUGGUGGGAUUAUGGGACCACCUGGACACCCAGGUCCCAAAGGUGAUGUGGGACCUCCUGGGCCAAGUCUGCCUGGAGCACCAGGCCCCACUGGUAUUCCUGGAAACCCAGGUCCACGGGGACCAAAGGGAGAAAGAGGACUACCUGGUGUCCAAGGAGCACCUGGGGAGAUGGGGCCCCCUGGAAUAGGCAUUCAGGGAUCACCAGGUCCUGUAGGUCCAGCUGGAUCAGCAGGUAUGCAGGGCCCUAGGGGACCCCCAGGAUUACCAGGAACUCCGGGUACCCCUGGUAUUAAUGGUGCUCCAGGAAGAGAUGGAAAGCCAGGACUACCAGGCCCUCCAGGUGAUCCUAUUGCACUGCCACUUGUGGGAGACAUGGGUGCUAUACUGAAGGGUGAUCCCGGCACAAGAGGUCCACCAGGCAUCCCUGGUAGAGAAGGGCCAAAGGGAAGCAAAGGUGAACGUGGGUUUCCUGGGCUUGCUGGAGAGAAAGGUGAUGAGGGCCUUCAAGGUGCUCCUGGAUUGCCAGGCAUUCCAGGACCCAGUGGACCUUCUGGAGUCACAGGAAGACCUGGACAUCCCGGUCCAGCAGGGUCAAAAGGCGAAAAGGGUAGUGAAGGUUCUCCUGGGCAACCUGGACCACCUGGGCCUCCGGGUAUGCCUUACAAUGAAAGAAAUGGAAUGAGCAGCUUAUAUAAACUCCAGGGAGGUGUGAGUGUUGCUAGUUAUCCAGGCCCACCAGGACCUCCCGGUCCCAAAGGAGAUCCUGGCACAGUGGGAGACCCAGGACCAAUGGGAUUGCCAGGACUGGAAGGACUCCCAGGGGAAAAGGGUGAUCGGGGACCAGCUGGCACGCCAGGAGUAGCCGGGACACCGGGAAAGCCGGGAUCUCCUGGGUCCCCAGGGAUGCCAGGGGAACCUGGUGAAAGGGGCCCUAUAGGAGAUAUCGGCUUCCCUGGGCCAGAAGGGCCACAAGGAAAACCAGGAAUCAAUGGAAAAGAUGGAUUGCCAGGUCCUCCGGGUGCUGUAGGGAGACCAGGAGACAGAGGACCCAAAGGAGAACGUGGAGAUCAGGGUAUUCCAGGAGACAGAGGUCCACAAGGUGAACGAGGGAAACCUGGCCCAUCAGGAGAAAAGGGGGAUGUGGGUCCUGUUGGACCCCCAGGAGACAGAGGCUAUCCAGGGUCACCAGGCCAUCAAGGUCCCCCGGGUUCUCCAGGACCCCCAGGGUUUCCAGUUGAUACAGUUUCACUUGACGAAAUAAAAAAAAUCAUCAAACAAGAAGUUCUUAAGGUUUUUGAAGAAAGGAUGGCUCAGUUUGUAUCCCAGCUGAAGCUGCCUGCUGCAAUGCUUGCCUCCCAAGCGCAUGGAAAACCAGGGCCUCCAGGAAAAGAUGGGUUACCGGGACCACCAGGAAAGGAUGGUUUGCCAGGGCCACCAGGAGAACGUGGAAUUCAAGGUUAUAGAGGACAGAAAGGGGAAAGAGGCGAGCCUGGAAUUGGACUGCUCGGUAACCCUGGACCACCUGGCCCUGCAGCUACUGGCCUGCCUGGCCCACCAGGAACGCCAGGCUUACCUGGACCACAGGGGCCAGCCGGACCCAACGGGAGAUGCAAUCCAGCAGAUUGCUAUUACCACAUAUCACAGACUCGGUCACGCACCGGUGGGAAAUAAACACUUCUUCCCUAGACACUUGGAUUCACAGUCACUUUUCACUCCUCUUAAUGAGUUAAUUUAAUCUUUGAGAUAUUUGGCGCAUUUUAUCUUUUUUCUCCUCGACACUGCGUGGUAUAUGGAUAAUUUAUAAGGCACAGAAUUUAGCCUUUUUCUAUGUUAUUUGUAGUGUCAUAAUUAUGAAAUUAUGACAGAUAUUUUCCAGCAUGCAUUCCAUGUGUUUUGUUUCUCAUAUUUAUUUUGCUUAGAGGAGAAAAUAGGCCUAAAUAAUUUUUGUAAGCUUCUUUCUUCAAAGAAAGGAUAUUUUAUUGUAACUUAAGAGAGUAUGUAUGCCUCAGUAUGUAAGAUGGCUUUGUUUUUCUUGCUGGUGGUGAAGUUUAAGUGCAAAAAUGCAUUUCUGAAGUUUCAAAGCAUACAUGUUCAUGGCAAAUGCAGGACCUAAGCUGAAGCACUGGGAACUCAGUACAGGCUAAACGUCCAUGUCCCUUGAAGAGGCUCCAGCACACCUUCUGAACCAGGUCUGUGUCAUGCACCACCAACACCUACCUAUCAUUUCAGUCACUUCCUAGAUGUCAAAGAAGGAAACAAAGACAUGUUUAUGAUCUCUCUAAUCUCAUCCCUUCAGACUGACUGGAAAAUUGUCAGAUGUAGCCCUGAGAAGCAUCGCUCCUGACUGGAUGCGGUCCCAACAGAUGGCUAUGGGUACACACUGAGACAGUCAAAAGAAGGAACUUCACAAGCCUCUAAUCUUACUGGUGGCACGGUUUUCCUCUUCCUCCUGCAAUAAUAAUGUGCCAAAAUAAACUUGAGAGGAACCUGGAAACAGUAGGAUGCAAAACUCACAGGUCCUAAUAUCUGGUUGCAAAAAAUUACUGGAGUUCAAGAGAAAGUUGGAGAAAAUGCAAAACACUCUUGGAAAAGUGCUACAGAGAGCACGAUUGUGUGCAGUUUGCAGACAUCAUUAAAUCCUACAGGACCAGAUGUCCAUGAAGAAGAAAAAAACAAAGCAUAAGUCAAGUCCUUUAGGGCUCAAAUGGUUGAGCAAAAGAAAUGAUAGAGAGAAUUGAUCAUGCAGAGGCUGAUUCUGAAAAGGAGGGAGGAGGGUUGUCUAAAGUUUCACUCCUGAUUAUUAGGAUUAGUCCUAUGGAAGUUGAUACAGUGCAAUAAGAAGUGAAGGUGCUGUUGCGAGAACAUGGACACCUAUAAUCCAAAACCUCAAAAGUUCAUACACAAGCACUACUGAGGGCUCUUGCCCCAUCAUCGGGCAGCCAGUCAUUCUCUCCCAUGUCAGGCAGGGAGGUGGUUUUGGUGACUUCAUGCUUGUGCUGCCAGGGAAGUGUUCCCGAAGUGGAAGUGCUGAGUUCCAGAGAAGCUGUAGUGAGACAUGAAUCCGGCUGACUUCUGGGUUUUGCUUAAAAACAGUUAGAAAUGACUGGUGGCUGUCUUGAAAAAAAGAAAGAAAAAAAAAAGAAACACGCUGUCAUUUAUUCUGAACAGAGUUCCCAGCAUUUGCACCCAGGCCAGAGGAGUAAGAUGAGUGCAAGAGGUGAUAGAGUUAACUGAGGUAGCUGGGGAGCACAGGCCAAGCCUUCAGGUAGGGUUUCAAAGAGGAAAAGCAUACCUACUUGACAUGUUGGAGGGAAGAAGGUGCUUGCCAGAAGCAAAGAUGUUUAACUAAACAGAGAAGGAAGGCUGAGAGUAAAUCUCCGGGACAGGAAAGGGCAGCAGAAAGGACAGCAGAAAGUCUGCAGCUACCAUAAAACCAUCUCCUGGAGGAAAUCUGCCAGCUGUAAAAAUGCCCUGCAGCUGGGGACCCCCUUGGAGGGGUCAGGGUGCAUUGUCUUUUCUUCAGGAGGAUGGGGAUGGACAGGUCAAAGCCCAUGGGUGAGCCACAGUCCUCACACCUUUCCUGCUCAUCCCUUGGGAGGCAGUAACUGUCCCUUCUCUAGGCCAGUGUGUCCUCCGCUCUGCAGGUGGUGGGCACCCAUCCCACCAGGACAAAGGUGCAUUUGUAGCAAGCGGUCCUGCCUGUACCUAGCUCAGACCACACUACUCCUGUUCCAGACCUCCUGUGCCCAUGGUUUGCUCUGUGGUGUUGCUCACAUUUGCCAAUCUGGUCCUCAAAGUGCCAUAUCUGUGCUAACACUGGGAGCUGGUGAGGUGGCUUGAAACUGAGUUCUUACCUGUCCUGAGGCACCUACUGCUGUCCAGGCCACAGGUCUGGCAGCCCAGCCAGUAAAGCCAGGGGCCUUGCACCGAAGUGUAUACCCAUGUAUAUACACCAGCAGAUGGGCAGGCCCCAAAUACUGUUUUGCAUUCAGUUAAAUGAACUGCUGGUCAGGUAUCUUGCGUAAACAUUUUUUCAUCCAUUUCAUUUUCCUUCUCUAGUAAUUCCAAUAAUGUAAAAAUCUAAACCUUUUUUUUUUUUUUUACUUCAUAAGUUAAUUUUAAACUUUGUUUUCUGUGAUAAUAUCAAAAGGGUGCUGUCUUGUGAAGAGUGUCCAAGUGACUGAGAGGUUCCAAGCAGCCCUGUCCUGGAAGGCUGUACAUAAAGUAUUGAGCCGCGUUAAGUGGUAUCUGUAUAUUUGGGGGCUUUUAGCUAGCAGAAACCCAGCAUCUGGUAUUUGCCAGAUGCAGUUGCUGUAUGUUAAUUUACUUGAAUUUAUCAGAAAGUAGAACACUUUUUAUAUUUGAAGAAGUUUUAUUUUUUCAUCUGUGUUUCUUACAGAUGCCUUUUUCCUUUUAUAGGCUCAAAUCUAAAGGUCUUUUUAAAAUGUAUUUGAACACUUUCAGUUGGUUUGCAGGUAACGUUGGUAAUUAUCUUGUUGUGUUUUUAUUUUGCUAAAAGCCCACUUUAAUUUUCUCAUGUGAGAAAACGGGUAUUUUUUCCUAGGGGCUAUCUCCAUACAUUUUUUAAGAUGCCAUAUUCUUCACUGGGGUGGAGCAGAGUUAAUCCCAGUUUAACUUCACAUUGGCUUGUUCCUACUCUGUAUCUUUAGAACUGAAAGUGGAAUGUAGCUUGAAACAUGCUUCUGCCUAGGUUUCAGGUUUUGCCCCAGAAGUUUCUUUGCAGUUUCAGGUUGAUGAUGUCUUAGCUUUGGAGAAAGAGCCAGGGAGGGCAGAGAGGUGCUCACCUAUCUUGCAAUUUGCAUUAUCAGUUUUGUAUGUGUUUUGAUCACUCUGUGCUGCAGUAAGUACCGCAAGGAGAUAAACACAGGGGAUUGUUUUUUUCCAGUAGAUAAGGUCUUUUUAUGAUUUGGGAAUGCUUAUGUACAACAGGACUUUGAACUGAAGUAUCUUGGACAAUCUUUGUUCCAGUUCAUGGUCAGGCUAUUAGAUUUUAUGGCAAGUUGCUUUAUCACUGACCAAGAAAGUGUUGGGAUUUCCUUCAAAUAGCUAUGCACAGAACUACUCGGUUUUCCUAAGGUAAUAAACUUGGUUAAGAGGGAAACUUUCCUGAGGCUGCCGCAUACCUCCUUUUGUCCACACGGUGGAGUUCCACACGGCUUUUCAGUGCGAAGGCUAAAGCCCAGGCUUAACUCGCUCAGCUGCCCAGGAAAUGACCCAGCGCCUGUAGACUGUAAGCAGAAGUGGGUGUUUCUGGUUGGGUUUUCAGCCUGACCUUUUUUUUUUUUUUUCCGUUAAAAUCCUCUUGGUUUUGCAUGGUGGUAUUUACAGAAACACCACCUUUCUUGGGUAGUUAUUUUCAGGUAACAUUGCUUAGAUUUUAUUUGUGUUUUGUAUAUGUGCGUGUUACGGAAGAAUACACAGAGUGGGACACCCUGCUUUCAGGCAUCAUUUAUGUCCUCUAUAAUGAUGUUUGUCUCUAGGGGAGCAGAGAGCCUGCUAUGGUGAAUAACAAUUAUAAUAGCACACUUUGUGUGAUCGAGUAGCAGUGCAGCUUAGUGAGAUAUUUUAAGAACCAAUUUUUUUGUCUUAAACUGGAUUUGGUUUCAAUGCUAAGAGCACUGUGAUACAGAAAUAGGAUCAAUGGUAUCAUCCCUCCUUCCUUUAUAUUUUAUGAUUGUGGAUUAUGACAGAUGUUAGGUAUGCACAGCUUUGAUAAAUAAGUAUUUUUUAAAUUAAUGGGUAUUUGCACACAAUAUUUUGGCGCUGCUUUUUUUUUCACACGGGUGAAAUACUGUUCCUCAUGUCAGUGUACACUCAGUUAUUUUCUUCUUUCUCUGUAAGGUUUAUAUGAAAGUCUUGUAAAAACCCCAUGGGCUAAACAACCAUUUUAUAAACUUGUUUCUCCAAAUACACUACGUAAAGCCAGCCCCUAAUUUUGUCUUUUACCAAUGUACUAGAACCACUGCUCUAACAUGACAUAUUAGAACAUGAAAAGUAUCUUGGAAUUCAAACCAGUGUUGGUUUGGGGAUUUUUUAAUCACAUUUUUGUUAGGUUCUGGCUAUACUGAAUAAUACAAAUUUUCCUUGAAACUUCUUAUGUCCACUACAAGUAGAUUGUACUGGAUGGAUCUUUAAAUCCAUCUCUAUAUAUGUGAGUGUAGGCCACAGAGAACAUGUUUAGCCGUGAUUUCUCCAUGGUUGGUGUUUUAAGUGGAAAACUCAGGUUUCAAAAUACCUUAAGGAAAUGUGGGUUUCAAAUAUUAAUUGCUAACAAACAUCACAGAGUGUAGACCAAACUCAGUUUGUAGCUAAAAAAAAUGUAGUCUACAUGUCUUUUAGCAGUUUUAUCUCUGAGUCGGGUGUUCUAGAAACUCGAAUGCAUUUAAUUAUUUACUGCUGUUUCAUUGUAAAUACAUUCUGUCUCCAGUCAGUAUGUUUGAAGGGUUUUCAAUGACAUGCCUUAUUUUACUCUUUUCUUUCAUUUCUGAAUCAUAUGCAGCUAUCACUGAAUGAAUUACAGAAUGUGACAACUGGUUGCUCUCCAUUAUAUUUCUGGUUUGCAACAUUUAAGUUUCAGUUCAACAGAAAUGUAUUAAGUGUAUAGAAUAUUGUCUUUUGCAUUAUUAUGUGGCCAUUUACAUGUGAAAUAGGAUUCUGGGUGGAAAUGGAAAUGUUUCAUGUAUUUUCUGUUACUGGCUCUGUCAGAAAUUACAGCCUUUCAUGCCAUGUCAAAUCAUGAGAGGGAGGAUGCAACUGUGAACAAGAGAAGGGAGAGGCACAAAGCCACCGCAGCAAGCCUUGGGGAGCCUUCAGUGCCAGGGCUGCAAGCCUGGCAAGUGUAUGUAUUUAUCACAGUGCAAUUAAACCUCCAGAAUUAGGACACAGAAUUAGGUGACAGAAAUCCUGACAGGUAAAAGUGAUUUUUCAGUAGUCUUUUGUUCACAACAUCUCACAGCAUUUUAUGAUGUUGAACCAGAAAGGGAUGAGAACAAGAUUUACUCAGGAAUCCACCAAGAUUCCAAGAGCAUCUGGUUAGAAUGGGCAGCCCACUGCCAGCGGAUUGUGAAACCUCUCAGUCUCUCUGCUUGUGCCUUCUAAAUAUAUUUAUUGAAAACUAGUGCUACUUUUUUUCAUAUUGUUGCUACGUUUCUUUUACAUUCAGAAUCCUGUUUUCCAAAUCUUUAUUUACUUGAACAUGCUGUUACUAAAAUUUCAAUUCCUCCUUUUUUUUUUGUGUGUGUGUGUGUAUGGCUUACCAUUCUUCAGGUAACCUUCACAGGAUUUGGCAUUUGUAAAUACUUGGUUAAUCAUGUCCCAUAAUAACUUAUAAUGGGCCCGAGGAUUUCUUUUCAGUUCUGUAUUUUAAGUUAAAACUUGUGAGUCAGCUUGAGGGCAGAAAAUCUGUCACAGUCUUAAGCUAUUCACUUACUCACAUAGAUGCUGUAUUGAAAUGACCCUCAGUGUUGAAUUUGUUUGAUUGUAAUAAUUCUCAUUUGGUUUUUACAUAUGAAUGUUUUCUCUGCUCUGUGAAUUUUUUUCAUUGUGGCAUUUUAUGCAUUUUUUCAGACUAUAUUUUUUAAAGCACUUCACAUUUGUAUUUAAAUAUUGGGGGGUUUUACUUCUUUUGGUUCAUUAUGUUUAUGCAUUGCAUAUGGAAAAUAAUAUUUUUAUUCUGUUAUUGGGGGGGGGGGGUGUUUUGUUUUUAACAGUUUUACACACUUUAUAAUCAAAAUAAAAGUUUGCUGGUGAAACUACA